AUGGCUGCGCCCAGGGUAGUGUGGACGUGUUUAGUUAUUUUAGCCUUAGCGUUUGCUGAUGAUCCUGAUGCACCAUCAGAUGCAAACGACUCCGUUGGAGAUAAAGUAGUUAUGAAAGCAAUAGUUGAAAGCUGCAGUGGAUGACGUUUGAACAGACUGCCAGAGGUUAAGAGAUUCAUUUAUAAUGAGCUCCCUCUGUUCCAUAAUGUAGAAUUCAAGGCAAAACAUGGUGCUCCUCCUGACUUUGUGACUCUAGAUGCAGAUGGUCAGGUAGUUGAGCGCAUUGAUAUGACGAAAUUAAAUCAAGAGGGAUGUAGAAAACUAAUUCUAAAGAAAGGUUUUUAUAAAAUGUUGGCUGCCGAUGGCACUGUUCCAGAAGAAUUUAAAAAUGGACCAUAUACAGAGAGAACUGAUGAAGAAGUGGAAAAAAUAAUUGAAGAAAUGAAGAAGGCAGAGGAAGAGAGAAGAAGCACGGAAGAAGCAAGAAUAGAAUUAUAGUACUUAACAAUUGUACUGGGAUUCUGUGGUUUGUUUUUACAAGACAUUGUAGGGGCGUGCGCAGGAAAUUUUGCAGGGGGGGGGGGCGUCGAGGUGUCUGGCAAAGGUCCACACUGCGAGCGCCGCAGGCGCGAAGCCCGUGGAUUUUGAAUUAUCGACCCCCUUCUAGGGCUAUUCUGAGGUGGUUUCUGCUGGCUAGCCGAGCUGCUUUAUGACCACAUUUUUUUGGAAAGAAAUUACAUUAAAAAUCAGGAUGUGAAAUUUGUUUUCGCCUUGAGCGGGGGGGGGGGGGGGCGCAACCCCCACCCCCCCUGCGCACGCGCCUGCAUUGGUAACUUUAUCUCAAUUAGCUAUGAUUUUAAAAAAGUUAUUUACCUGACAAGGUACAUUUUUGUACACAAUCUUUUCUUUCUUUCCUUGCAUGUCAAUAAAGCGUAUCUGUAAACAUGCUGCUUAAGUGGUGGAUGGGUAUAGCAAACAAAACUUUUUUAAUAUAGCUUGACAUCAUUUUGAUGUUAUAAUUAUUAAAAGACAAAGCCUGUUAUUUUUUCAGGGAAAAGGGACAUAUUUAUUUUAAAAUAAUUUAUUUAAUGUAUAUAAUUAAAACUGAAUUUUCUUUUUCCCAAGUGUUAUUAUGAUUUACAGAAUUGUUUUCAGAUUAGCCCUGAGUAAAAGACUAUACUAGUAACUUGAAAGGUAAAGUACUACACUGCAUAAUGUUAGGGUCAGACUGUCAACUGUUAUGACCAAGUUGGACAACUCAACGGUUGCAUUGUAAUUUCCCCAACUUACAACAGAUGUGCACAGAUUAACAAUUAAUGGGUUUUAUGAUGAGAAUCGAGUUGUAAGAGCACUCAGACUAGCAACUGGACUGUCGUAGACAUCAUGACAGCAGAAGUUGGCCAACUUUCUGGUGGCAGUUGGUAGUCUGACACUAGCAUUAUUAACCUGGUUUAAAUGCAGUUUAAAUGAUUAUGUGCAAUUAACGGAUAUGCAUUUGAAUGAAACCCACUGAACAUUUUAAGUAACUGACUAAAAAAUAUAGCUUAAAACAAAUUAUAAACAGUUGCUUGACUUGGCCCUAAAACAUACACCAGUCAAUACUUACAAUUAUUAAUAUGUAUUUUUAAAAAUCUAUGUAGCAUUUUCUCAGACCUAGCCAUGACAAAAUUGAGGGGAGUGAUUAAUUUCUCCCUUUUAAGAUAUUUAAGUUAUUACCCUAUUUAUACCGUAUAAAUUCACAUACUAAAGGGAGCUAAACAUUAUUCUCCUUGAAUUAGUUUUAGGGAGUGAUGAGGAGCAAGAGUGAUAGGUCCUCCUAAAUUUAAUUUCUUUUUCUCCAUUUCCCUUUUUUUUUAAACAAAUAAAACUGAGGAGGCCUUUAAGAUGUUUUUACAUGUAGUUAAAUAAGUACUAUGUAUUUUACGUAUUGUUACUCUGUGUAUGGUAUCAUUUUAAGGGGUUUUGUAUUUCAGAGUUGUCUUGAUUUAUACAGUUCAGUUCUAUGUACAGUUCAUAAUAAUUUUUAACAUGUUAAAAUCCUUGAAGUUUUACAUUUCAAUUUCAAGAACAGUUAAUUUAGUACUUAAGUCUUGUUAUAUUUUAUUAGUGUUGUGCAUUUUCUACUGUUCAUUGUAACAUUACUGUAACCCUUUGAAAUCACACAAAGUUAAUAAAAUAACAAUUCACAUAGUUACUUGCAUGGAUCUGAAUAUUAAAAUAACAGCCAGACUUUAACUUGUUAAAUUUAUGAUUGACCUGACAAAAAGAUGUCAUACUCAGCCCUCUACAUUAACUUUUCUAUCUAGGAGCCACAUGGCGCCUACCUCUAUUUUUAUAUAGAUAGUAUGAAAUGUUUUAGUCACCAAAUGAAAAAAAAUGGUUGCAUAUGUGACCAAAUCGUUUGCUAUGUAGAGGGCUGAUACUGUGUGUAUAUCUUUUAAAUGCAUUAGGCCAAAAAAAAAAAAAUGUUUGUUUCCUGUCGCCCGACCGACCCUGAAUUUUUUUUUUUGCUGCUGGGGUGGGGUGGAGUGGGGGGAAGCGCACAGAGAAGUUGUGGUCGCUGAUCGACAAAGCAGACGACAGAAGUACUCAAGUAGGAUAACUCUUACACGUCAGUGUGUGUGUUAAAUGGAAGUUGAGGGGUGUGUGUGCGUGGAGUGGGGGUGGGGGGCAGCAGCGAUGGUUUUUAUACACCCCCACCCCACUUUUUGGCACCUUCUUUCGCCGUGCCCUGGACCCAAUCACUGGCGUUGUUAGAGACUGGACCCAGACUAGACAUGCCUGGACAUUGAAUAGAUAUUAGCAUAACUAAUUUGUUCGAAAUUGGAAUCAUUAACACAUGCUCUUAUUAGGUACCACGGUAAUUGGCGACACACGAGAUCGCAUGACAAUACGGUAACGUGUGUGGCAAUUAAAUGGCUUUUAUUACAAACUGUUAAAUACUGUAGGCCUAUAGAGGAAAAUAUAUCGUAUUAUCGUAACUCCAGUCAUCUCAUACAUUGUAGGUUUGUUUUCCAAAAAACAACAAAACAAUCAAAGAUUUCUCGAUACCACAUGCACAGACUAAAAGUCAUGGCGUUUUUUUCCGCAUGCAAAGGUGAAGGUCAUUUGAAGAAGACGUGGUACAAUUUUCGUUGUUGGCUAGUGCAUAGGCCUAGUACCCAGAAUUUGUUAAUAUACACGGGUGUAGCCUGUAAGAA